CUUUUCGAAGAAGCGUUUUGGCAGGAAAAAGCGAAAAAGCAGCAGCAGCGGCCGCCAGCCAUCCAAACCACACCAACAGACUGAGACUGAGCCGAAAAUUGGCAGCAAAUAAACGCGCGCGAGUGUCAACACAACAGGCUCCGUUCCGCCAGAACCGGUUGCAGUCGCUAGAUUGGCCACAUUCGCGUCCGCCACCCACCCCCAGGAAGUAGUUGCAGCUGCUUCCCCCCGGACACCAAUCUACACGUGCCCUCUCCUGAAGCUAGCGCCCACUUUACACCCGGAACGAAAGUCGUCCUCGGAACUCGGCGGAAAUGUCCGGAAUCGCUAUAGCGCGUCUCGGCGAGGAGCGAAAAGCAUGGCGUAAAGAUCAUCCCUUUGGAUUUGUUGCUCGUCCAGUCAAGAACGCCGACGGAACUUUGAACCUUAUGACGUGGGAAUGCGCCAUUCCUGGAAAGAAGGGAACUCCGUGGGAGGGUGGCCUGUACAAGCUCCGGAUGAUCUUCAAGGACGACUACCCGACCAGCCCGCCCAAGUGCAAGUUCGAGCCGCCGCUGUUCCACCCGAACGUGUACCCGUCCGGGACGGUCUGUCUGUCGCUGCUGGACGAGGAGAAGGACUGGCGCCCGGCCAUCACCAUCAAGCAGAUCCUGCUCGGCAUCCAGGACCUGCUGAACGAGCCCAACAUCAAGGACCCGGCCCAGGCGGAGGCAUACACUAUCUACUGUCAAAACCGUCUCGAGUACGAGAAGCGCGUCCGAGCACAGGCCAGAGCCAUGGCAGCCACGGAAUAGAUUGACAACCAACCAACCAACAACUACUACAAUUAGCAGAGAGAUUGGAGACACUCGCAGUUUUGAUAGCCGCAACCAGCAGCGCAGCAGCAGCAGCAGUAACAAAAUCUAACUCACUAAAAUCGGACAGACUAUUAAUUACUGAUCGGGGUAGUGAAGAGGAAAAGGGGAAAGACAGACAGAACGAGAGAGGGAAACUUUAACUACGAGAUAGUGACAGGCAGAUUGCGGAGCAGAGAUAGCGAAGCGUUUGUCCUAAACAUAAGAAAAUACAACCAACAUUAAAUAUUAUAAUCUUUCCACUUUUCAAAAGAAAACAAAACAAAAAAACAAAGCAGAUAAAUUGAAUCAUGCAUAGUUGUAAGGCUACUUUUUUAAUUAUUUAGACUUGAGAGAAAAACAAAAUGAUAAGAGCAAAACGCAUGCUGUACGGAUAAAUUCAUUUCCAUACCUUAAAGCCUA